AUGCCGCCCCUCUCCCUCCCCGCUGGAGCGUUCAGGGAAGCCUCUGACCCCCGAAAGUGGAGCGAGUUUGAAGAUGGCGAAACAGGAGAGGAGCCCUUAAAUACCUCAAAGGACUUGCAGGAGCUUCAGAGGAAGCUGUCUUUGCUAAUAGAGUCCCUCCAGAGUAAGGUGGUGGCCUUUAUGAAGUCUCCAGUGGGUCAGUUCCUGGACAGGCAUUCUUUUCUGGCCCUCAUCUUGCUGGAGUUAUCAGCCAUCCCUGUUGGAUUCUUCCUGCUCCUUGUGGUUCUUAACUCCAUGGCUGCUUUUGUGGGAGUUAUAUUACUAGAAGGACUAGUCAUCGCUGUGGGCAGCCUCUCACUGCUCUGUGUCCUCUGUGGUCUGGGCUUCAUGUUACUUGCUAUGCUGGGAACAGUCAUGUCCUACAUCAUGGUCUCCAGCCAUGUCAACUACUGGUUUUCUUCCAGUCCUGAGAGGCCAUUCUGUUCUCAUCUCCAUGCCCUACUCAACAACUGGCAGAAGAGGAAACUGGGUAGACGGGUUUGGAACAGGACCUGAGUUUCUGCAUUGCUUACCAGCUCCCUGGUGAAGCCUUCCAUGGACCAUGACUGGAGGAGCAAGGACAUCUCAUAAUGUUUCCUUAUCAGAAGAGACUGUACUGUCUGCUUUGAAUCAAGCUUCGUCAUACUACAUUUUUGGUCAAAUCACUUCCCUCACAGAAGUACCAGUGAGAAUUCAAAGAUGAGUGGAACAAGACUGGUCUUCUUAGGCCUUGAGGGAGCCCAAGCAAAUAAAUUUGAUUUUGUUUUGUCUUUAAGUGUAUUUUUUAAACUGAAGUAUAGUUGAUAUACAGUAUUAUAUUGGUUUCAAGUAUACAAUACAGUGAUUCAACAGUUACA